CGGCCCCGCCGCGCCAUGUCCGACUACAGCACGGGAGGACCCCCGCCCGGGCCGCCGCCGCCCGCCGGCGGGGGCGGCGGCGCCGGGGGCGCCGGGGGGGGCGGCCCGCCGCCAGGCCCGCCGGGCGCGGGGGACCGGGGCGGCGGCGGCCCGGGUGGCGGCGGCCCCGGGGGCGGCGGCCCGGGCGGCGGCGGCGGCGGCGGCCCCGGGGGCUCGUCCGGGGGCCCCUCGCAGCCGCCCGGCGGGGGCGGCCCGGGCAUCCGCAAAGACGCCUUCGCCGACGCCGUGCAGCGGGCGCGCCAGAUCGCAGCCAAGAUCGGAGGGGACGCCGCCACGUCCGUGAACAACAGCACCCCGGAUUUCAGUUUCGGGGGGCAAAAGAGGCAGUUAGAAGACGGAGAUCAGCCCGAGAGCAAGAAGCUGGCGUCCCAGGGAGACCCCCUCAGCUCUCAGCUCGGACCCAUCCAUCCUCCUCCCAGGACGUCGGUGACAGAGGAAUAUCGGGUCCCAGACGGCAUGGUGGGACUGAUCAUCGGCCGGGGCGGGGAGCAGAUCAACAAGAUCCAGCAGGACUCGGGCUGCAAAGUGCAGAUUUCUCCAGACAGCGGCGGCCUUCCCGAGCGCAGUGUGUCCCUCACGGGGGCCCCCGAGUCCGUGCAGAAAGCCAAGAUGAUGCUGGAUGACAUUGUGUCUCGGGGCCGCGGGGGCCCCCCGGGACAGUUCCACGACAACGCCAACGGGGGCCAGAACGGCACCGUGCAGGAGAUCAUGAUUCCGGCGGGGAAGGCCGGCCUGGUCAUCGGCAAGGGCGGGGAGACCAUCAAGCAGCUGCAGGAGCGGGCCGGUGUGAAGAUGAUCCUGAUUCAGGACGGCUCCCAGAACACGAACGUGGACAAGCCUCUGCGGAUCAUCGGGGACCCGUACAAAGUGCAGCAAGCCUGUGAGAUGGUGAUGGACAUUCUCCGGGAGCGUGACCAGGGCGGCUUUGGGGACCGGAACGAGUACGGGUCCCGGAUCGGAGGCGGCAUUGACGUGCCCGUGCCCCGGCAUUCGGUGGGGGUGGUCAUCGGCCGGAGCGGGGAGAUGAUCAAGAAGAUCCAGAACGACGCGGGCGUGAGAAUCCAGUUCAAGCAGGACGACGGAACGGGCCCCGAGAAGAUCGCACACAUCAUGGGGCCCCCGGACCGGUGCGAGCACGCGGCCAGGAUCAUCAACGACCUGCUGCAGAGCCUCCGGAGCGGCCCUCCAGGCCCUCCAGGCGGUCCUGGCAUGCCCCCCGGGGGCCGGGGCCGAGGGCGAGGCCAAGGCAACUGGGGGCCCCCCGGCGGGGAGAUGACCUUCUCCAUCCCCUCCCACAAGUGCGGGCUGGUCAUCGGCAGGGGCGGUGAGAACGUGAAAGCCAUAAACCAGCAGACGGGGGCCUUUGUGGAGAUCUCCCGGCAGCUGCCCCCCAACGGGGACCCCAACUUCAAGCUCUUCAUCAUCCGGGGCUCGCCCCAGCAGAUCGACCACGCCAAGCAGCUCAUCGAGGAGAAGAUCGAGGGUCCGCUCUGCCCUGUUGGACCAGGCCCGGGGGGCCCGGGCCCUGCUGGCCCCAUGGGGCCCUUCAACCCUGGGCCCUUCAACCAGGGGCCGCCGGGAGCCCCCCCUCACGCUGGGGGGCCCCCCCCUCACCAGUACCCACCCCAGGGCUGGGGUAACACCUACCCGCAGUGGCAGCCGCCUGCCCCUCAUGACCCGAACAAGGCCGCCGCAGCAGCUGCCGACCCCAACGCCGCCUGGGCCGCCUACUACUCGCACUACUACCAGCAGCCCCCCGGCCCCGUGCCCGGCCCCGCGCCCGCGCCCGCGGCCCCCCCGGCCCAGGGCGAGCCCCCGCAGCCCCCGCCCGCCGGCCAGUCAGACUACACGAAGGCCUGGGAAGAGUAUUACAAGAAGAUCGGCCAGCAGCCCCAGCAGCCCGGAGCGCCCCCGCAGCAGGACUACACCAAGGCCUGGGAGGAGUACUACAAGAAGCAGGCGCAAGUGGCCACCGGCGGGGGCCCCGGAGCCCCCCCCGGCUCGCAGCCGGACUACAGCGCCGCCUGGGCUGAGUACUACCGGCAGCAGGCGGCCUACUACGGACAGACCCCCGGGCCCGGCGGCCCCCAGCCCCCGCCCACGCCGCAGGGCCAGCAGCAGGCAAGUGGGAACUGCCACCCCCCUCCUCCCCCCUUCUCCUUCCAGCCCCCGGCGACCGUCCAUCCUGCCUUAGUGGGCAGCGCCGGCAACCCCUUCCCCUGCGGGGUGUGCCCGUGAUGCCCGCCGCCGCCGCCGCGGGAGCACCCUGGAGCCGGGGCAGCGCGCCGGGUGUCAGGUGGACGGAAGAGGCCUCGGGCGCGGCCCGCUCGCUGGACGCUCGUGUCUGUGGACUGACGCGGACGGACGCCGCGAGGGAACUCCUGGACUGGCUGGUGGGCGGUGCCCGGGCCGCCGCUCGCACACUCGGAAGCCGGCCGCGCGGGGAGGAAAAGCGUCUCGUCCGCGCCCCGCCCCCACGUCGUUUUCUCCUGGGUUUUCUUCUUCUGGUUCCCUUUCUUCCGAAGCCCCACCCGUCCCGUGUCCGGGUGACGGGCGCGGGCCGGCCGCUGUGGCCCAGCC